AUGUUUAAAUUGGAUUGUUCCGAAUUGCAAAAUGAGAUUAGAAUUCAUGAGCGGUUUUCUUAUGAACAAAUUGAAAAAAUUAAGAACCACAUAAAAAACCAGCCAGAAAAAACUGUUUCUUAUGGCCAGCUUUAUGAUUUAUUUUGUGAAAUGGGUUUUAUAUUAACUGAAGAAGAGUACACGGUUCUGUAUCAGAAAAUUAUUCAGUCACGACAAAAUUCGAUAACAUGGAAUGAGUUUUGCGAUUUUUUGAUUUAUUUAUUUCAACAAGAAGAUUCUUCCGUUCAGAGAGAAACAGUUUCUUUCUUCUCCGAGCCUACUAUAAAAAAUUCAGAACACAAGACUCCCGUUAUUUGCAUAAGGACGUUAGAUCACAUAUCAGAUGAGGGAAAUGAGACGAAAGCGGGAGGAGCAUGCGUUACGGCAAGUAAGGAUGGUCAAAUAAAUUUUUGGUCUGCUGAUUUAGAAGUAAAUAAGACAGGUGUAUCAAAGAGUCAUUAUCUCAAAAAUACCCCAACAUGGGUACUAGAUGUUGUAGCUUUAGCUGAUAUUGACGUAAUCUGCAUUAGUUCAACAGAAAGAGAAUUACGAUUUUAUGAUAUUAUUGCUACUAAUUUUAAUUUAUGUAUGGUAAUACGAAAUAUUCCGUGGGCGAUUUGUACAAUGUAUUAUGCAUUUUUUCCUAAUGGUGACCACUAUUCACGUUUAAUAAUGGGCGACUUAGGCGGUAAUGUCAAUGUGCUUAUUUUUUCUACCCGUUCAAGAGAUCUAUUUCAAACUAGAGCAGGAACAAUAAUAAUAGAAUUUACUUGGGCUGAAAUUAAGUUCGAAACUUAUUAUGUUGCAGCUGAAAUUCAUAAAACUGAAAUGACUUCGUCAAGUGGGGGAGUUGUUGCUAUUGAUAAUCGAGACUCGAAAUUAUUAUUUAAAACUCCUCUGGGGGUUACAUCAUUUGCUUUAGAUGAAAAUAGUCGAAUUUUAGCAACUGGAGGGCCAGAUACCUUUUUACGUUUGUGGGAUAUUUUUCUUCCUGAAAAAGCCGCAGCUACUUUAUCAGGUCACCAUGCUGGAAUAUGUUUUAUAUUUAUACAAUCAAAAGAAAAAAAAAUAUAUUCUAUUGAUGUUGAAAAAAUUAUAAAAGUUUGGCAUUUAAUAGAUCAAAAUUUAUUGCAUACUUUUGUGAAUCUCAUACAUAUAACUGGAUCAGAGUCAACUCUGGCAUAUGCCUACAAUAGCAGUGAACGUAAAUUACUUAUUGCCGGCAGAAAAAUAAUAACUUUAAAAUGCUACCCUGAACUUAAAUUCAAUUUAACGACGGAUGGCAGUAGUCACGCUGGAUUUGUUUCUGUUGUGCUAUAUAAUAAAUUGUUUAAAAAUAUCGUUACAUGUGGCUUUGAUAGUAACAUUAUUGUUUGGAAUUUAUGGAAAGGAACACCUGAUCUUAUUUUAAAAAAAUGCCAUUCCAUUAAACAAUAUGGUAAUGUUAUAGAUAUUCCUAUAACAGCAGCUUGUUUUGGGUGUCCUUUGGAAAAAUUCUUGUUAACUGGUGCAAAAAAUGGUUCUUUAAAAAUUUGGAAUUAUACAAUUGGGGUUUGCAUAAGGAAUAUGUGCAUUGAAAACGGUUUUGAUGUUAUAUCUGUAAUUUGGAUCCCCGACAGGAUUUUGGUAAGUGAUCGAAAUCAUAUCAUAACUGAGUUUAGUGAUGUUGAAGGGGAAGAAUGUUUAGUAGAACCAAAAUCAUGGUCUCAAUUACAUAAUGGAAGUGUAUCAGCAGCAGCAUAUAAGCCUGGUGAAAUUCUGGUAACUGGAGCGUGUUCUGGAGAGAUAAUAUUAUGGAGAAUCCAUAACAGACACCCAUACCGUAAAUAUUUGUUGGGAAAACCAACCGAAUUUGUCCAAAUUACUUUCGACAAAAACAUUAGAAAGAAAAAGAACGAAAAACAUGAGAAACCAAAAAUGGCUAUUAAAGCAGCUCUUUUAAAAAAAAAAUCUAUUUCGUAUAACACGCAAGUUUCAUUAAAUGGAUCAAGAUCUGAAUACCAGAAAAAAGAAAAAUUGAGUGAAGUUCUAUCAAAUCCAACAAUGAUAUUAGACCAAAAUAUAUUAAAAGAUGAUGAAACAAUUCAACUUCAAAUAUCUGUUCAAAGUAUCAUAAUUUUAUGUACACGACCACAAAGAAAAGAUUAUGGAAGUAUUUUGGUUGCACUGAAAAAUGGAUACAUUCAAGUAUAUUCAAGUCAUCAAUUAGGCGGAUAUAUAAAAGAAUAUAAUGCUAUACAUAAGACAAAUGAUUAUGUGAUGUGUAUGAAAACAGAUCGAAAAGAACAAUUUUUGUUCACUGGAACAGCUUUUGGUUACAUCAAAACCUGGCUAAUUGAAAAUUACUGUGUACCGAAAGCAGAGCAUAAAAAAAUAUGUAUGCCUCUCUUACGUUUACAAUUUAUUUUUAUGCGUGAAGAUCGAGUGCUUGGACGUGCUAAAAGAAUUAUACGAAAUCAGCCGGAACCUAUACUAUUGAAUUCUUAUAAAGCACAUACAUGUUCAAUUACAUCAAUUGAAUACAUUGAAAAAACUAAAAUAUUAGUUAGUGGAAGCCACGAUUAUUCGUGUCGCUUGUGGACGCUUGGUGGUCGAUAUUUAGGUACAUUAGGCGGCUGGUUUAACUUAAACAAAAUCCUAUCUACACAGCCAAUAAUUAAUGAAGAAGGUAAUUUUCGAAUACCACCAGAUAUAAAGAGGGUUGCUAGUUCUACAACUUUAAAAGUUUUAUCGGGAAAAUAUGAUGAUCAAUUAGAGAAAUUAACGCAAAAAGAUAUAAAAAUGGAAAAUAUUGCUGCAACGUCAACACAAAAAUCUUUUCCAUUUAACAAAAAUUUUGGAAAGCCGCUAACUGAACCCUUAUUGGGCAAGCAUUUUAAACUUGAUAUAGAUGGAAAAGUAUUCCAAGCACCAAUUCUUGAUUCAUCAUUACCCCAUAUUCCAGUUUGGGAACAUUUAGAAAUAGCAGAAACUGUUGAUAUUGAAAGACCUCCAACACCAGAAAUUUUGAAAAAAGCUAAAAAUCUAGAUUAUAUGGAUUAUUGUUGCACUGAUCAAAAAAAGGAGUAA